GGGGCGCGGGGACGCGGCUCUGGGGUCACCCUUUCCUUGCAUUCCCUUCCCUGUGCGGGGGUCCCGGCGGUACAAACCCACCCGAGGGGUUCCGGGGAUGAGCCUUCCUGAGGAGAUCCCGGCGGUUCGGACCCUCCCGGGGGUCCCGGCGAGGUGCGGGAGCCGCUCCCGGAGCGCGGGGGGAGCAGCGGCCCCGGGAGACACGGGGAAUGCGCGAAGGGGCCUUAAGCAAGAACCUUGUUUUAGUUAAUAUUUUUUUGUGGGGGAGAACAAAAUCUGGGUGCUGGCGGGAGUCUUCUCUGAAAUCCCAUUUAGUAACUCGGUGAUUUGAAAGUUUGCUCGGCGCAGUGCCAGGGGAGGUGCGAUCCUGCAGCUCCGGCUUUUUCAGCACCGAGCUGUCAGUCCUUGCUGACAGAACCCGGCCCCAAAACACCAACUGCAGGGAGACACAAAUUAGGAAAAGCCCCAGGAGCAAGCCCCACCAUGCACCCCGACUGCUCCCAUCUCCACAGCAUCCAGAGCAGCACCGAUCCCUCCUCCUCCUCCUCCUCCUCCUCGGCCAGGCCGGCAGGAGACACCUCCUGCCCGGGGGACGUGCGGAUCCAGCUGGGCUCGGGCGCGGCAGAAUCCAGGGAAAACGCGACCUGCCGGGGCUCCAGGCCGGGCUCCCAGAGCCGCCCCCAGGGGCACGCCCUCGGGGAGGCAGCAGGGCCCGAGGAUGCGGCCGCGGAGGCCGAGGAGCAGGGCGGCAGCUCCCUGUCCGAGCUGCGCUGCCUCCUGCACUGGCUGCACAAGAGCCUGCCCUACCUGCUGAUCCUCGGCGUCAAACUCCUCAUGCAGCACAUCAGCGGCAUUUCUCUUGGAAUUGGGCUGCUAACAACUUAUGCAUAUGCAAACAAAAGCAUAGUAAAUCAGGUUUUUCUCAGAGAACGGUGCUCCAGGCUGCAGUGCACUUGGGUACUCCUCUACCUGAGUGGGUCAUCUCUGCUCUUGUAUUACACCUUCCACUCUCAGUCCCUGUAUCACAGCUUAAUCUUCUUAAGCCCCACUGUGGAUUUUAUGAACUUUUGGGAGGUGCUUUGGAUUGUGGGAGUCACAGACUUUAUUCUGAAAUUCCUCUUCAUGGGCUUGAAGUGCUUUAUUCUCCUGGUGCCUUCUUUUAUCAUGUCCUUUAAAUCCAAGGGCUACUGGUACAUGCUGUUAGAAGAACUCUGCCAGUAUUACCGUAUGUUUGUCCCCAUACCAGUUUGGUUCCGUUACCUCAUGGCCUAUGGGGAGCUGGACACUGCCCUGGGAUGGACCCUUGGCAUUCUGCUGGGCCUUCUCUACCUCAUCCUCAAGCUUUUGAGCUUUUUUGGACAAUGGAGAAACUUCAGGCAGGUCUUACGGAUAUUUUUUACACGCCCACACUAUGGGGUGCCAGCCAGCAAGAGACAGUGCUCUGAAUCUGAUGAUAUUUGUUCCAUUUGCCAAGCUGAAUUUCAGAAGCCUAUUCUGCUGAUCUGUCAGCACACAUUUUGUGAAGAAUGCAUCUCUUUAUGGUUUAAUAGAGAAAAAACCUGUCCACUCUGCAGAACUGUUAUUUCAGACCAUGUUAACAAGUGGAAGGAUGGAGCCACAUCUAUGCAUCUCCAGAUUUUCUAAAGCUUGUCAAACAACUUGGGUUCCAGUUUGUUUGUUCACACUAAGGUUUUUCAGUUGACUGCAGAUUAAACUGUAGGUGGCACAAGGAAGGAGUUUCCAAAUUCCAGAUACCAUGUAUUUAAACAGUGCAGAAAAUGGCAACUUGACCUUUUCUAAGUAGAGAAAACUUUUCAGAAUGAAUGCAGAAAAAGCCAGCAUUGCUUCUCUUGUGUUCUCAUAGGAAACAGUCAGAUCCUUGAAAUGUGCUGCAUUACUUGUUAAUUCAGCAUUUUCUUUUGUAAGUUCAGUAGGGUUCCAGACUGUACUAAACUGUAUUUAUCCUUCUAACACUACCCAAGCCAAAAGGUCAACCUACUGAUUUUAUUAAGAUUAUGAGCAAAUCUUAUACUCUGGACUGCAGUGAGAAUUAGAGCUGCUUGUCACUCUUGGCAUUAAAGAUCUUUAAUGCUUGCCCAGUAAAUGAGAGAAAAGAGCUUUUUAAUGCACCUGGAACAGCAACUAUUUCUCACUGCACCUGUAGAUAAGCACAAGAAUAAGGUAUUUCCCCUUUAGGUUCUUGCAGGCUUCUAAUGGAUCCUUGGCUUAAUCUUUUGGCUUUAAACCAACCACUGAUCUUAGUUUUUUACUUAGCAUUUUGUAAAGCUGGUAUUUUUAAAAGAAAUCUUUAAUACUAUAUUUUUGUCAUAAUAGGAACCAGAUUUUCUUACAGGGGAGAAUCUAUUUUAUACUCUAUUUGCA